UCAGGGGUCCCUUUACCUUUACCUUUAAGGAAAAAUGGGACAUUCUGGGAUCAAAUCAGAAACUGGGAUGGCUUCUUUAAACCAGGAAAUAGGAGCACUGGCAGGGUCUGUAAUAGGAGUUUGUUGUCGUUGUGUCCUUGUCAGCCAAAUUACCACUUUAAAUCCAAUCCAGUCAAAUAAAAUUGAAACCUAGGUGUUGAUCCUGCGGCCCGUUUUCUAUAUUUCCUUUCCCACUGCCAGUUAUUCCACAGGACACUGUUAAAUGUAGAUAAGAAGGCUCAAUUGGUUUUGCUACAAGAUGAUAAUCUCUCCCCCUCAACCACCACCACUUUUCUUUCUCACUAUGGCCUGUUAGCUUAAAUGGGUUUUAGCCAAAGGUUGAUAAUUAUCAUAGAGAGGAAAGUAACACCGCCAGGAGUUCAUUUUCCAUUUUGGCACUUGCCUUCCUUUGAAUCCUCCCCACACCUUGGCCCCCCUCCCCGUUUCCCAUUUUGUCACUUCUUACGCCACCCCUCCCUCUAUCAUAAAAGGGUCUCCGCAGACAGGGAGGCCACAGGUUUUCCCUGCUUGCAGCUUUGACAGGAAAUCACUCCCGCUUUUCCCCUUGCCACAAAUCGGGCCAGGCUUUGGUGAGCAUGGAAGGGAGCGCGGAGUCAGAGAACUCUUCCUACUUCUCGUGGGACUGGAAGACUGGGCCUCUGGAGCUCAGCCAAAGCUCAUCUCCCCAGAGCAUCUCUCCAUCCCCUUCCUUCGAAUCCUAUACAUCCUCGCCUUGUCCCCUUGUGAUGGAGAUGCCCUGUGCCAGCAGCAGCAGCGACAGCAGCAACAGGAGCUAUAACCUGAUGGACUUUCCUCCUGUCUAUCUCCCAGGCCCUGGCCAGGGCAAAGCCCUCGCCAAGGGCUCCAAAGUCAGGAUGUCCGUUCAGCGCCGGAGAAAGGCCAGCGAAAGGGAGAAGCUGAGGAUGAGGACCUUGGCCGAAGCGCUGCACACUCUUCGCAACUACCUGCCUCCCGUCUACAGCCAAAGGAGUCAGCCUCUCACGAAGAUACAGACGCUGAAAUACACCAUCAAGUACAUCAGUGAGCUCACAGACCUGCUGAACAGCGUCAAGCAAGUGUAGAAGGCCUGGGAGACUCUGGGAAGAUUUCCUCACCGAGAAAGCGGGAGUCGUUUUUUUCUUUCUUUAAGGAGUAACUUUCCAUUGGGCAACUGUGGACCUGUUCAGAAGCCGCUCUGCAAACAAGCUUAUCUAAAGGGAGCUGCCCACAGUUGCAUGUUUGUAUCGGAUCGAGGCAAAGGAGGACCAGAUCUCAGUCAGGAACAAUGGUGACAGUGUGGUUUUGAAAGGAUCAUGAUUCCACUGAACAAUUUUUUAAAAUUAAUUAUAGCUGACCAAAUUUCUUCUGCUUAGGUAUGCUUUUGAGUUGGUGAUCUGUGGACUUCUGCUUUCUUUCUUUUUUAAAACCCUGUAUGUUUGCUAUCAUGUCUCUUUGCUGUUUGUAGGCACUUUAUAUUAGCAGCAGGAUAAAUAUGUGUAUGAUUAUUUGAAGAAAUGCUUCUUCACUCAUUUUCUACAGUAGCUUUGGUGCAGGAAAGGAAACAACAACUUUGAAAUAAAAAGCUGCUUCCAUAUGGGUUUAUUAUA